UCCAAAAAUAAAUAAAUCAUUAAAUUGAAGAACACUUCACACUGUGUAGAAUACUAAAGAAAUCCUUGGAUUUAUUUAAUUGUUUAUCAUUAUUCAAGUUUUGAAGUCUUACAGGCAGCAGUUUCUUGGGUUACUGACCAUUUUGGCUUUGAUUGUUGGUGACAAACUGAACAGUCAUGAAACUGGAGGUUCCAGAAACUUUUGCAGAUGUUGCUGUUGAGUUUUCAAAAGAAGAGUGGGGGAUGCUAACUAAACAGGAGAAAGAGCUGUACAGAGAGGUGAUGGUGCAGAACUUUAAGAACAUGAUUUCAUUAGGAUAUAGUAUCCCAGUGGAGAAUCUACGUUUGCUAAUUGAGAGAGAUGAAAAAAAUCUAUGUGGUUAUCCAAAAGGAGUAAUGUUACUGAAAAACAAACAUCCUGACGGCAGUACUGAUAUUGACAGGAAUGCAGACUCCAGUGAGAUUCAAACAUGUCGGUCAUCACAUUGGAAAGACUUUUGUUCUGAAUAUGACAAGGCUUUGCCUGUCAAAAUGGAAAGCACAGGACAAGACAAGGAACAGUCCAGAAGUGGUUGUUGUAACUAUGCGGAAGUCAGUGAGGGCAUAAACAGGAAUUCCAGUUUAGAAACAGAAUUGGAAAUUUAUGGAUGGAAAUGGCUUGAUGACAUCAAAAAAUGUGUAUUUAAUAGUAACAAUAUAAAGGAUAAAUUUGUUUCCUGUGACCAAAGACAAAAGGAUACAAUUGUAGCAUAUAACCAGGGCACCUGUAGUGAGCAGCUGAAUAAAUGUGUCACAUUUGACAAACCUUCUACAAGUCAAAUAAGUUUAGCAGGGUAUCCAUUCCACACCAGUCAGGAAUCGUAUAAUUAUAAUCCGUAUGACAAUGUAGUUAUGGGUAAAAAAACUUCAGCUGUACAUGAGAUUAUGCGGUAUAGAGAGAAACCACAUAAAUGUGCCAAGUGCAACAAGAGCUUUGCUAAGAAGAGUGUCCUGACAAGACAUCAGUUGGUGCACUCUGGACAUAAGCCCUGCAAAUGCGCCACAUGUGGCAAGAGUUUUACAGCGAGGAGUAGUUUGGUACAACACCAGUUACUGCAUACUGGACAGAAACCCUAUAUAUGUGCCACAUGUGGCAAGAGUUUUCCAAUUAAAGGUAGACUGACACGGCAUCAACAAACCCAUUCUGUACUGAAACCAUAUAAAUGCUCACUUUGUGACAAGCGUUUUACAGAGAAGACCAGUUUGGUAGCGCAUGAACUUAUGCACACUGGACAGAAACCCUAUCAGUGUUCCAUGUGUGAUAAAAGUUAUACAAUUAAAAAAAGAUUGAUGGAGCAUCUGCACUCCCACUCUGAGCAGAAACCCUUUAAGUGUGGAGUUUGUGACAAAAGUUUUUUUGUUAAGAGAAGCUUGGUGCGACAUGAGACUGUCCACAUGGGGCAGAAACCAUAUAAAUGUGAAAUUUGUGGUAGAGUUUUUAAGGUUAAGGUUAGUUUAGUACAUCAUCAGUAUAUACACAAUGGGCAGAGACCUUAUAAAUGUGACAUCUGUGACAAGAGUUUUGCUUACAAAAGUAGUUUAGUAGCACAUCAGACUGCCCACAGCAGGCAGAAACCACAUAAAUGUGACAUCUGUGACAAGAGUUUUGUCCACAAAAGUAGUAUAGUAGCACAUCGGCUUGUCCACAGUGGGCAGAAACCACAUAAAUGUGACAUCUGUGACAAGAGUUUUGCCCACAAAAGUAGUAUAGUAGCACAUCAGUUUGCCCACAGUGGACAGAAACCACAUAAAUGUGACAUCUGUGACAAGAGUUUUUCCUGCAAAAGUAAUUUAGUAACACAUCAGUUUGCCCACAGUGGGCAGAAACCACAUAAAUGUGACAUCUGUGACAAGAGUUUUGCCCACAAAAGUAGUAUAGUAGCACAUCGGUUAGUCCACAGUGGGCAGAAACCACAUAAAUGUGACAUCUGUGACAAGAGUUUUGCCCACAAAAGUAGUAUAGUAGCACAUCGGUUAGUCCACAGUGGGCAGAAACCACAUAAAUGUGCCAAGUGUGACAAGAGCUUUGCAUUUAAAGGUGACCUGGCAAAGCAUCAGUUGGCACACAGUGAGCAGAAGCCCUACAAAUGUGAUAUUUGUAACAAGAGUUUUAAACAGAAACAGAACUUAUUAAAGCAUAACUGUGUCCACACUGCGGAGAAGAGCAGGCAGGGUCUGAAUGAGAGACAGAACCAACAAGUGAAGGAAAGUAGUAUUCAUGAAAAGGAAUUCAUCCAUGAGCCGCGGUGAGAUCCUUCAUACGGCAGACCCUGUGUUUAUAAAAUCUCACAAACAGCAGUGAUACGUAGACAGCAUUAUAGAUAUUAUGGAGAAAUGUAGGUCAAAUAAUAAUAAGGAAGCAUUGAUGACAUAUACUGGGGUAAAAAAUGCCCUCUCCUGUAGUACAGAAGGCAGCAUAGAAUCAUCUGAGCAAGGAAACAUUCCUACCACAGGGCUAGACAACACUGUGGAUAUGUCACCUAUGUGUGAUAGAGGGGUAGAAACAGCCUGCAAUUAAAGAAGAAAAAAACAAACAAAAAUGGAUAAAUUCUGUGGUACCAAAAAGGAGGUACCACAGAAUGUAUUAGUUUGUGUUUGGUGCCUUUCUGUGGAGUAUUCAAUUGUACAAGAAAAAAAACUGGCAGAUCAGGUGAGAUACAUAAAAACAAUAAAGCAGACUGCUGCAUAUAAGAAAGAGGUUUUGUGUUGUUUCUUUUGUGCAACAAACCCAGAAUUUCCACCCAGAUGACAAAUAGCACGAAUAAGAAAGAAAAAUAUUUUCACCACAAAAAACUGAAAAUUUAUGGAUAAUAAUUUAAAAUCCAUAGUGUGCCAGAUGGGGCAAAAACUGCCUAGAUGAAGCAACAUCAGACUUCCUGGAGACAGGAGGGACAGAGGAAAUGAAAAAAGAUAAACAUCAAAAACAGAGGCUAUUGAAAGGUAUAAAAAGAAACAUUGACACAGGGAAGAAAAAGAGAUCUGAUAGGAUGCAAUAUUUAUGCAGAGAAGGAAGGCAUAUUUAGAAAAGAAAAGAAGGAAGCCAUAUUAAUCAAUAUAAAAAGUACAGUUUAUGAAGAUUGUAGUUCACAAAACAAAAAAGAGAAAUAAAUUCACAAAUGUGGAGUAAAGUAAUUUAGAAAAAGAAGUUUAGCGAGGAGGAAAUAUAAAUUAGAAUUUGCAGUGACAGACCAGCUAUGAAGUGAAGGAUUUAGUGUACAAACUCCUGUACAGGCAGUAGGGCACCACGAAGGGUCAAUGAGUCCCCAGAUGGUGAUGUAACAGAAGGAGUAGGAUGCAUUGGACGAUGAUCCAUGGUGGUGAUGUUCUGAAAAAAUGCAGUUAGAAUUAAACCGCAAGAGUAAAAGUACAAAAAAAGGGAAACGUGGUUGUGCUCAGUCUGGAAGAAAAUGAUCUAAACGAAUACCCGCUUGAUUUAAUAGAAAUGGGCUGAUAUAUUUAGAUCGAUAAAAGAAAUAGAGUACAGUAAGUGAAUAAAUCUGAAAAUGUUAAAAGACUGGUAAACAGUUGAAUACAGUAAUUGAGAUAAAUGCAGUAAUUGAGACUGCCAAGAAAAAGUCAUGUGAUUUAUAAGAAAUAGCGGUGGUGGUGCUGCGGUAGCAUUGUCGCCUCACAGUAAGACAUAGUCCUGUUCGAUUCU